AUGAAUCUCUAUCGUUUUGGUCUUUUGGUCGCUUCCCUCGUCUCUGCGGUGACAGCAGAGUCGACCUUUACUCCUGCUAGGCCUCCGUCGCUGCCGUUGGCUGUCAAGUCCCCAUAUCUGAGCACGUGGCUGCCGGCAGGACAGGAUGGGGGUAAUGGUGGCUACCUGGCUGGUGAAUGGCCGAGGUUUUGGGAAGGUCAAAUCGUUGGCUGGGCUGGUGUCAUUCGUGUAGAUGGUAAUUCCUACACGUGGAUGGGGUUGCCAGGAACCACUACCGUGAAUCAGACGGCCUACGAAUAUACUUCGACCAAGAGUAUUUUCACCAUGGACGUUGGCGGUGCAGUGCAGUUGAAUCUUACUUUCCUCUCGCCUAUCACACCCAACGAUCUCAAGCGGCAGUCUUUGGUUUUCUCCUAUCUUAAUGUGGAAGUUGCCUCGCUCGAUGGUCGAUCCCAUGAUGUUCAGGUGUAUUCCGAUAUAUCAGCUGAAUGGGUCUCAGGAGACCGUGGCGCUGCUGUACAAUGGGACUAUGGUGUCACGGACGAUGAAGUCGCUUAUCACAAGAUCCAACGCCAAACUCAGUUGCUUUUCUCCGAAUCCAGAGAUCAGUCGGAAUGGGGCUCUUGGUACUGGGCCACGCAUAACGGAACGGGUGUAACGUACCAGUCGGGAAAUGCAGAGGACGUUCGCAGUGCGUUUCGAAGUAAUGGAAAACUGUCCAAUUCAAAGGACAGCAACUACCGCGCCAUCUCAAAAAACUGGCCAGUCUUUGGAUUCGCCGUUGACUUGGGAUCCGUCAGCUCUCAGACGGCCGACCGGCUAUUCACCAUUGGUCUGGACCAGCAAGAUGCGAUUCAAUUCAGCGGUGCAACUGGUACACGCGCGGUGCCUUCUCUCUGGAGGAGCUAUUUCAAAGACGGGUUGGCUGCUCUCGACUUCUUUUAUCAUGACUACGAGGAAGCCAACAAGCUGUCUUCGGAAUUUGAUGAUCAGGUUGUCCGUGAUUCUAUUGCUGCUGCCGGCCAGGAUUAUUUGACCAUCACUUCUCUUAGUGGUCGUCAGGCUUUUGCGGCCACCCAACUGACCGGUACCAUUGAGGAGCCCUACUUGUUUAUGAAGGAGAUCUCUUCCAACGGCAACAUGAACACGGUCGAUGUCAUUUUCCCGGCGCAUCCCGUUUUCCUUUACACGAACCCAGAGUUGCUGUUGCUCCUGUUGAAGCCUCUUUACGAGAUUCAGGAAUCCGGAAACUAUCCCAAUGCCUACGCCAUGCAUGACAUUGGCACGCACUACCCCAAUGCUACCGGUCACCCUGACGGUAACGACGAGCCCAUGCCGCUUGAAGAGUGCGGGAACAUGGUUAUUAUGGCACUCGCGUAUGCGCUCAAGUCGGGGAACACGACCUAUCUGAGUGACCAUUACACCAAACUCACUCAAUGGACCGAUUAUCUCGUCGAGGAUGCGAUUUACCCGGCGAACCAGAUUUCGACCGACGACUUUGCAGGGCCCUUGGCCAACCAAACCAAUCUGGCUCUGAAGGGUAUUAUCGGUAUCGAAGCCAUGGCGACCAUUAGUUCCAUCACCAACCACCUCGACGACAGUGAGAAUCGGACUACGAUUGCUGAGGAUUACAUUGAACGAUGGCAAACAUUGGGCAUUUCCAACAAUACCAACCCUGCGCACACCACCUUGUCGUAUGGAGACAGUUCAUCUCACGGUCUACUGUACAACCUCUACGCUGAUCGGGAACUUGGUUUGAACUUGGUUCCGCAGUCUGUGUAUGACAUGCAGAGCUCGUUUUACCCAACAAUCGAGGCGACAUACGGAGUUCCGCUUGACACCAGGCACAGUUAUACCAAGAGCGACUGGGAACUGUUUGCUGCGGCUGUAGCGUCGAACUCGACUCGCGACAUGUUCAUCAAAGACUUGGCUACCUGGAUCAACAAGACACCGACCAGCCGACCUAUGACUGAUCUUUAUGAGACCAGCUCCGGAGAUUACCCCGGAAUCACCUUUAUUGCUAGACCCGUCAUGGGUGGCUCAUUUGCAUUGUUAAUUUUGAAUUAG